AUGUCUCCCACCAUGAUGGAGCACAACAGCUUGGAUGUCAUGUGUCUGAAUAAAUACUGCAACAGCUCCUCGUCGUCGUCCAGCUCUGAGAACGACAAAAAGAUUUGGACCAAGUUGAAGCUGAAUUUGGCCGAGGACUACCCGAGGAAGAACGCAGAGAUCCUGAGCGGACAAUACGGGACCAAUGUGCUGUUGAUCGGAGCGGCGCUCAUGCUGGCCCUGGCCCACCAUAGCCCAUCUGUCAAGGAGGACCAACUGCUGUCCUUCGUUACCUCCCUCAUGAUCCUCCAGCUCGUCUGGAUGCUGUGGUACAUGCUAGUCCGGAGCAGAAACAAGAAUACACGCACAGAGAAGGAUGUUCAUGCCACCACAUGCUGGAUCAGAGGUGGUUUGACUCUUCUUGCACUCCUCUCGAUGAUUAUGGACGUGUUCCGAAUCGGAUAUUAUGUCGGGUAUCAAUCUUGUGUGUCGGCUGUUCUCGGGGUGUAUCCUGUCAUCCAUGCAAGUCACACCAUAGCACAGGUACACUUUCUCUGGUUUCACAUCAAGGAUGUCAUCAAGAGUUUUGAAACAUUUGAGAGAUUUGGUGUAAUUCAUGCAGUCUUUACCAACCUCCUCCUGUGGUCCAAUGGUGUGAUGUCAGAAGCUGAGCACUUCUUGAACAACCAUAAGAGAAGGCUUUCUGCUCUGGGCUAUGGAAACCUCACUAUAGUUCACACUGAACCUCUCUGUAACUGCACCACCAGCACUUGUGCCAUGUUCUCCAGCAGCCUCUACUAUCUCUACCCCUUCAACAUUGAAUACCACAUUUUUGUCUCCGCCAUGCUCUUUGUCAUGUGGAAGAACAUUGGAAGGACCAUUGACCUUUCUUCAAAUCAGAAACGGCUAGCUACUAAAACUCAAGGAUUGACCCUGGGCCCCAUUCUCGGUCUAGUUGCCCUCGCCAGCACCAUCGGGAUUUUGGUGGUUUAUAUAACACAUGUGGAAGGUUCAGUUCAAACGCGGCGGUCAGCCAUUUCCAUGUUCUACAUCUAUGGCAUCGUCAUCCUGGUGUUAAUGUGCUCUGCAUGUGCAUCAGGUUUGCUUAUAUACCGAGCAGAUCACAUCCCACCGGACACCUCAAAGAACCCCUCAAGACAGCUGGACACGGAGCUGCUUUUUGGAUCAUCUAUUGGGUCCUGGUUCAUGUCUUGGUGCAGCAUAGUAGCCGUGCUGGGAGCCAAAAGCAGUCCCCCUUACCGCUGGACCAAUUUGAUUUAUUCUUUGCUUGUUGUGUUGGAGAAGUGCAUCCAGAACCUUUUCAUCAUAGAGUCCCUCUACCGCCGGCAGGACGAUGCUGGGCGGGGUGACCCCGAAUUAGUGGCUUCACCAGAAAUCUUCUCAGUGACUUCCUCUUUGGCUCCACCUUACAAUGGCAUCUUCAACCGCGCCUAUGACACACCAGACAGGGCUUGUGUCGCCAUGGAAAAUGAGCAGGAAGAGAGUAGACAAGUGUACAAAUGUCCUAGGAAACCAUCGGAGGUGCCAAUGGCUUUUGGAAACCAAGUGGUAAACACCGCAAAUAUCAAGAGGCAAAUCCUGAAGAACAUCUCUGUCUUCUUGAUUAUGUGCAACAUCUCGCUGUGGAUCCUCCCCGCCUUUGGCUGUCGGCCGCAGUACGAAAAUGGGUUGGAACAGGAGGCGUUUGGUUUCAGCAUAUGGACUACAACUCUCAAUUUUGCGGUUCCUCUAAACCUUUUCUACCGCAUGCACUCGGUUGCUUCUCUAUUUGAGGUCUUUCGCCGCGUCUGACAGCGAAUCAGAAGUUAGACAAUGCACAACAAUACUUGCCACUGCUGGCUACUGAGUGUCUCUCGGCAUGGCUCAAACAUUCACCAGACUUAAAAGUAAGCCAUGGCAACAAACACAACAUAUACUUGUAAGGAUUUACAAUUCCAACAUAUCCAACUGUGUCCCUUGACGAAUGACUUUGCAUAAUGUGAGUUGAAAAAAAUCUAACUUUUAAAGAAUUUAUUAAGGGGCUCUUUGUUUUGUUCUGU